GGCUGUACAAUCCCGGCCGUUUGUCCCUCAUUACAGCGCGCCUCUGCUCAAUUUCCCGCAUUGCCAGACACUCUCUGCUUCUCACAUUCCUUUGACACAUCGGUUUCCCUCUACUUUACGGGUGUAAAAUGGAGUUUGCAUUGGGACAUCAUGGAGACCUCGCGUCCGAGAGGGGCAACUGGACAUGCGAGGCGCCGCCCGGAUUGGCAUUCGCGUGCUUGAGGCCAAUGGCGAUGUCGGAGAUGUUUCCAUUCUCUGUUGUUUUUGUCGCUGCUGUUCUCAUCGUCUUCGCGUUGCUGAAACAAUUCGUGCUCGAGAACUAUAUGAUGCACAAAGACAGCCUCCAUGGGAGAGCUUAUGCACGGCUAAAGCCCCGAGAUCAACGAACGCUGGUGAACCACCACCUAAGCUUGGUCAUGAAAGUCUGCCUCUUCAUCAUCGGCAUAUACCCCUUCUGCGCCCUUGUGUCAGGCCACAACUUCAACACCCGCUUCGUCGCACGCCUCACAAUCGGCGACGUGUUGUUCCUUUGUAGCCACACAUACACCGCCAUCUACCUGUUCGAGCUUUGCUACCGCCAGGGCAUAAGCUAUAUAACCUGGGUGCACCACUCCUGCACGAUACUAAUCGCGCAGCUAGCUCUCGCCUUCACGGCCACACACAGAGCGCAGGAUACCACCAUCGAGAUGGUACUCUGCUUGGUCUGGGGCGUCUUCGACAUCCUCUCGGAAGCCAUAACCCACCUCACCAUGGUUCUCUAUCGCCUCUACCCCACACGUCACGCCUUCCUCUACCGUGCGCUGCGCACCGCAUUCGUUGUCUCCGUCCUCAGCACCACCAUCGAAACCGCCGUCGUAGGCUGGUUUUACGGCGCGCUGUUUCGUCGCUGGAGCACGCUGAACAAGGCGCUCACGCCAAUGCUGUUCGUCGCGUUUGUCGCCGCGCAGAUUUGGAGCGCGAUCUGUCUUUGGCGGAUUGGGAGUGCGAAGGGUGUCUUGAUGAGGGGUGGGGGCGGAGAGCUAGAGGUUGGCAGCGGAGAGGCGGCUGGAGAGGAGGGGAAGGAGGGGUCGAAGUGAGAACGGGAAUUGGACCCGGCGAAUUGAGUCUGAGGGAGGUGUGCAGGAUGAAUACGGGAUUGAUAACGUCUUGACUAAGACUACGGCGGGAUGGAUCUGACAGGUGCUUUCUUGUGCAUGUUACGGAAGGCUUGGAAUAUUUUGGCCAAGCAACGU